GUACUGAGGAAUGUUGCAUCUGCUAACACAAUUUGUAUUUGUUUAGUUAAUACCAGUGAUAGUGAAGAUCUAUCUGGUGGUGAAAGCCUUGCAAAGGUUCAAUCCUCAAAAGCAUUUCCUGAAGUAGCAUCAAGGAAAACAUCAUCUGGAAUGUCUCCUCCAGGAAAAUAUGUGCAAAACAAAGAAACAUGUCAAAAGGAAUACAGUAAUCAUUUAUCUAAAGUAUACAAAUGGAGUUUUCAGUUAUCGGACCUUGAAAAUUUGACUACUGUAGAACGCAUCCAAUUUCUUCAGGAAAAGCUUCAAGAAGUUCGCAAACACUACCUUUCAUUGAAAUCUGAAGUAGCCUCUAUUGACAGAAGAAGAAAGCAUUCUAAAAAGGAACGGGAAGGUGCAGUCCUCUCCACAAUGUCGCCAUCUUCGAAUUCUGUUACUGCAGCUGUUAUAUUGACCUUAGCAGAGCCAUCACUUUCAACCUCAUCACAGAAUGCAGUGGUAGUUGAAUGCAGGUGACAGAGGGACUUGUCAGAACACUUUGCACUUACUGUAGUUCAACUUCUUGAGGUCAUGAACUUAUUUUUAUACUGCACAGUAACACAAGAACAGAUGGGCACUAUUUUGUAUUGCACUUUGAUGUGUUGUCCAUGCACUUAAGUGUGCUUUUGAUGAAGUACAAUUAAACUGCUUUUCUUUAAGCAAUAAUAAUUUACUACUAAUCUAAGUUGUGCUUUAGCUUCUGAUACGUUCCACUGUGGAAGCAAAACAUUUAAAUGUUUUGUAUUGUGAGAAUUAUGUAUUAUGAGGAUGCUUUAGAAAGUGCUUGACAUGCAAGCUUCUUUUUUUUUUUGCAGAAAUCAUGCCACUGUUUUUGCUUGCAUGCAGAGCAGUUGCACUGUGACAAUGAGAAAAGCUCUGAUUUGUGUAAUUGGUGACAGCAAGGAAAGUCUGCUAGGAAGUAAGAAUACUCCUUUCUACUGCAUAUAACAGGUUAUUAGGACAAAUUAUUUGCGGAUAUUAGUUACAGUGGAAUUCCCAAUGAGGAUGAGGAUGAGGAUGUCAUUGAUUUUACUGUAAUUCGUUUGUGCAGUACAAAAUACUACUGAUACCACAUGUACUGAUGCAUUUAUUUGUUUAGGUUUCCCUAAAAUAAUUAGGCCCACUUGACAAAGAUAUUUGAUAUAAGAAGAGGCGUUUUUCAAAAUAAACUCCAGUUAGUUAUAAAUGUUUUUGUCUGUCAUAGGCAUAUACACUCUUCUAGACACAUCUAUAUGUUUACUCACUAAUUAAAGUGUAACUCCACUUUUUUGGAGGGAAAAAACAUUCCCCUCUGAGUGAUCUAUGAACAUUGCAAGGAGUAUGACAAACUUUGUUGCAGAUUCCUACCUUUUGUUAUUCUGAAGAAAUCCAUGUGUGUUUUUCUCUGCCGCUGUUCUAAAUAGGUCUAAUGGGAGUGGUUUCAUAAUUA